GGUACAUCUUCCCAACAUGGACGAUCUUUGGCGCUCGGCUCUCUGGCUCUCUAUCAAGAAACAAGACUCUCGUCUCUUUUCCUUUAUCAAAUGCGUCCGUUGCCAGAAAGGCUGGAUGACCGGAGACGAGACCCCGCGGCCCUGUAGCCCACCAUGAGUAUCCAGAGUCUGGGAGGAGCUAUCGGGGACUCCCUUGGCUCUAGCCUGACGGUGCGCAUGAGCGGAGCCGGCGGCGGCGGCGGCUGGAGCUCCCCUUCCGUGAAAGGCCGGAUCGCCUCGCUGUUCCAGACCAUGGUCCCCACCGGCUACACCAAGCUGCAGGAGGAGCGGCUGGCCAUGGUGGACGUGGGCGCCAAACCCGAGCCCGCCUCGCUCCAGAACGGCUACCGGCAGGAGGCGUCGCACGCGGAGGGCCGGCGCCUCCUGGACCGGGCCUCCCGCUCCUCCGUGUCCUUAUCCGACUGCGGGGACGGCGGCGGCGGCGGCUACUCCGAAACGGAGCCCAUGCUGGCCGAGAGGAGGCUCUCCGGCGAGGAGGCGGACGGGGAGGCGGACGAAGAAGAAGAAGAACAGGAGGAGGACGAGGAGGGACGGAGAUCCACCAGGCAGAACAUGCCCAAGGAGUCGCUGCUGGUCAUGGUGCUGCAGAUCCUGCUGCCGUUCCUGCUCGCCGGGUUCGGGACGGUUUCGGCGGGGAUGGUGCUGGACAUUGUGCAG